GACGCGAGUGUGUUUGCGAGUGCGGGAGUUUCAAGACGCGCGCGAAGCUGCGGACAGUCUGAUUGGAAGUGGAGCGAACUGGAAGGCAAACAAGACGACGCGUGUCGAGUGUUUGCAAUAGAAACAAAUUGUUUUCAAAUACGAACAGUGCUCUGCUGUGCUAUUUGUUUUGUGAAAUACAAUUGAUCGCGGUCACCACAUCAGCGUCACCUCUUUUGCAUGCCCGACAUCUCCGCGGAUGCGAAUUUCGGCUGGCGCGAUUUGAGCAACAGGUGGCGGACGACUGAUGGGCGGAUGAACGGGUGGAUAAACGGAUAAAUGGAUAAAUGGACAAAUGGAUCGUGUCGAUGGGCGGCGGGAUUUGGCGAAAUUUGGUGCUGAUAGACUGGCAUAGGCCCGGCAUUAUUAUUGGUGGCCAAAAGGGGUCAGGCGGUGUGCGCGUAAAGAAAUUGAAUUGACUUUGGUGGCCAGCAGCAACAGCACCAGCACCGGCGGCGGUCCGAAAUCGAAAUCUGUGUCGCAAAUGUGGCACUAAUAAAUUAUCGCACAUUCGCGCGCCGCACCGCGAGUGCUUCAUUAAUGCGGGAAUCGCGAAUGACGGAGAAUAUCUAGUUUUGCAGCGGCACUGCGUUUGUUUCAUUUUGCCAGGAACGUGACCAAAAUUACCAAGUGCCGCGUGGAUUCACUCGAUCUACCGAGCCAUAGGUCUGCAUAGACCAAACAAUUAGAUUUGGUAGCCACGCUUCGCGGAGCUGGGCGCAAACAAAAAAGAACGCCAACUCCGUGGCCUAUAAAUAUCGGUCUUCGGAAUUACUAAAUCCAAUUGCAGUCCAAUUAGCAGGCGAGCGCCAAUGAAGCGGCUGUGAAAUAGAAAUAAACAGGAAACGACUGACGGCAAAGGGAACUGGCCAAGACGAGGACGCAAUUAACCAGAACGGAACAAAACAAGGAAGAAGGGGAUUCGAAGAAGGAGGGAGCAAUGCAAACUCAACAAAAAUGUUGCAUCUCCUCGAAGGAUCAACAUCUGUCGCCAAGGACACUGUCACACAAAGGAGACCCCUCGUCAGUUGCAUGAAAUAAUUUCGUUUAAAUUAAGCGCCCUCCUCACAAAAAAGGAGCAGCAUUUCACGCCAUUCCCGUCCCCGCGUAAUGUGUGCUCACCCCUGUCCUGCUCCAGCUGGAAUCUACCACUCAGGACUGCUGCAUCCACUGCUCCUGCUACUCCUCUUCCUGCUCGCUUUUAGCAACUUCCGGCCGACUCAUGGAGAGGUCUUCACGCUGGGUUACCUCACGGCCUCGCAACGGCGACCGGGAAACCUGGACUACAACCGACCCGGUCUCACCAUCUCCGGCGCCAUCUCGCUGGCGGUGGAGGAGGUGAAUGCCGGACGUCUCCGGGAUCGGGGUCAUUCCCUUCAGUUCGUCGUGGCCGAAACUUACGGCGAGGAGGUGGUCAGCAUCCGUCAAACGGCGGCACUGUGGACGCAGCAUGUGGCCGCCUACAUCGGCCCCCAGGAAACAUGCGUACACGAAGGUCGCAUGGCGGCCGCCUUUAACCUGCCCAUGAUAUCUUAUUACUGCACCCAUCGGGAUCCCUCGAACAAGGCUGAUUUUCCCACCUUUGCCAGGACACGCCCACCGGACACCCAGAUCUCCAAGUCCGUAGUGGCCCUUCUGCUGGCCUUUAAUUGGACGCAGGUGAGCUUCCUCUACUUGGACGACGCCAGUGGUCAGUAUCAGCCCGUGGCGGAGACCAUCCUGAGCACACUGACUGAUGCCGGAGUCACUAUCCGGGAUAUUCGCACUUGGAAUACCAUCUACCAUCACGGGUUUAUGGACAAUCCUUUCGAGGCGCUGGUGGAGCAGACCUAUGCCAAUACAAGGAUCUACCUCAUUUUGGGUCACUACUAUGAGCAUGUCGGGCUGAUGGUUAGUCUCCAGAGAAGAGGAAUUCUGUCGAAGGGCGACUACUUCGUAGUGGGCAUAGACAUCGAACAGUAUGAUCCAGCCAAGCCUGAAAAGUAUUUGCGAGGACUCCUGCUGGAGGAUGUGGAGCCAUUGGCCGUGCAGGCCUUUCAGUCCUAUCUGGGCAUUGUGCCCACGGCUUCCGUCUCCUUCGCCACUUUUGCCAAUGAGGUCAACAAAUACAUGGAGCGACCGCCAUUCAAUUUCCCCAAUCCGCUGGGUCCCUUCGGCGGCGUAAAGCAGAUAAGCGCCGAGGCUGCCUAUCUCUACGAUGCCGUGCAUCUCUACGCGAAGGCCUUGAUGGAAGUCCUGGACUCGGGCGGAAGACCCAGGAACGGCAGCGCCAUUGUGGCGGCCAUCAAGGGUUCGCGAUAUCGCAGCGCCAUGGGCUAUCACGUCUAUAUCGAUGAGAACGGCGAUGCAGCUGGAAAUUAUACAGUAUUAGCGAGGGGAUCCGUGCGGAAUGGUCGCAAUCAGACUGUGCUGGGUCUGCGACCCGUGGGCACCUUUAUCCACCGGAACAGCAGCUUCAGCAGCAUCAGCAAGGCGUUGCCCCACCAGGAUCUCAAACUGUUCAGCCCCAUCGACUGGGUGGGUGGCACGCGACCAGCAGCUGCUCCACGUUGCGGAUUUGGUGGCGAGAAGUGCGUCAAUUAUACUGGCGAAAUUUCAGCGGCCAUUGCGGGCGGUGCCCUUUUGCUGCUCAGCUUGGUCUCGCUGGUCCUCUAUCGUAACUGGCGAUACGAGCAGGAACUGGACAGUCUGCUCUGGAAGAUAGACUUCCGCGAGGUGCAGAUCCAUGAGAACGAACGCGAACAGCAAAGUCAGAAGCAGACGCGCCACUUGCUAAAUCACUUGCCGCGUCGUCUUCCUCCGCAGUCCACCCAUCCGCUGAUCCGCACCAGCCAAGUGAGCCUGAGCUCCAAUCCGGACGCCGACUUCCGCUACACGACAAUCUUUACGCCCAUCGGACUGUACAAAGGUCAGCUUUAUGCUAUCAAGAAGGUGCGAAAGAAGAGCGUGGACAUCACCCGCGAAAUGAAGAAGGAGCUCAAGCUGCUGCGGGAUGCCCGUCACGAUAAUAUUUGCGCCUUCAUAGGCGCCUGCACGGAUCCGCCAAACAUCUGCAUCAUCAGCGAGUACUGCACCCGAGGCAGCCUUAAGGACAUUCUGGAGAACGAGGACGUCAAGCUGGACAACAUGUUCAUUGCCUCCAUGGUGGCAGACAUUAUACGCGGCGUCAUCUAUUUGCACGACUCGCCCAUUCGUUUCCAUGGCGCUCUGUGCACUUCCAACUGCCUGGUGGACUCCCGAUGGGUGGUCAAGCUAACGGACUUUGGCCUCUUUGCCUUCAAACAGGGGAUCGAAGACAGCACCACGGAUAUGCAGCAUAUGUCGGCCAAGUGUCUGAAGCUUCUUUAUCGAGCUCCUGAGCUGCUGCGACAGGGUCCAUCCUCGCUGGUCAUGGGCACACAACGCGGGGAUGCCUAUUCCUUUGGCAUCCUCCUGUACGAGAUGCACGUCCGUAGAGGACCCUUUGGCGAGACGGGUCUGACGCCCAUGCAGUGCCUGCAGAAGGUGCUUCAGCCCCAGGAUUACCUAAAUCCAUACAGACCCUCCUUGCAACCACUGGAAACCGCGUUCGACUGCGUCAGCGAGUGCCUGAGGGAAUGCUGGGCGGAGAGGCCGGAGGAUCGACCAGAUUUCAAAACCAUCCGCACCAAACUAAGACCUCUGCGGAAGGGAAUGAGGCCCAACAUUUUCGACAACAUGAUGGCCAUGAUGGAGAAGUACGCCAACAAUUUGGAGGCUCUAGUAGACGAUCGCACGGAUCAACUGCAGGAGGAAAAAAAGAAGACCGACGCACUGCUGCACGAGAUGCUGCCGCGCUGCGUGGCUGACCAGCUGAAGAAGGGUCACAAGGUGGACCCCGAACACUACGAGCAGGUCAGCAUCUACUUCAGCGACAUCGUGGGCUUCACAGCGAUGUCCGCCGAGUGCACCCCUUUGCAGGUGGUAGAUUUCCUCAACGAUCUGUACACCUGCUUCGACUCAAUUAUUGGGCACUAUGAUGUUUAUAAAGUUGAAACUAUCGGAGAUGCUUACAUGGUGGUCUCUGGACUACCGCUGCGCAAUGGUGACUUGCAUGCAGCGGAAAUAGCCACCAUGUCGUUGCACCUACUCAGUGCCGUAUCAGAGUUUAAGAUCCGUCACCGGCCCACAAACCGCCUGCUCCUGCGGAUUGGCAUACACUCGGGUCCCGUUUGUGCGGGUGUUGUUGGUCUGAAGAUGCCACGUUACUGUCUCUUCGGAGAUACUGUCAAUACCGCUUCCCGCAUGGAGUCCAGUGGUGUUCCGCUGAAGAUCCAUUGCAGCUGGCAGUGCCGCCAAUUGCUAGAGAGGCUGGGUGGCUAUCACUUCGCGGAGCGUGGCGUCAUCUCCAUGAAGGGAAAAGGUGAUCAGCGCACCUACUGGCUGCUGGGAGAAGAUGAGGAGGCACGCACUCGUCGAACCUAUGAGAGAUCUCAGAGACGCGGAUCCAGGGCACUCAACAAGUUCAUCCAGGGCACCAUAAAGCAGGCCCAGGAACAGGCCAACGAGUACGGCAUACGCUCCUCCCUUAAACAGAAGAAUCUGCCCAGAAACUCGCUGACCCGCUCUUCCAGUCUGGAGUCGCCCAAGAAGCUGCGGUUCGCUGCUGGUAGCCUCCUGGAGCAUCAUCGCUAUCACAGUGACGAGGCGCUGCUGGAGGUGGACUCCUACACGGGCUUGCGCCGUUCCUCGGGAGGAUCCACACAGUCGCGCUAUGAGGAGACGACCCUGUCGCUGACUCUGUCCUGCCAAAGUAUAGAGAUCGUAGGUGGGCAACAUGGUAAAAGGAGACCCUCUUCAUAUCCCACUGCCAACACGCCGCUGCUGAUGAACCACGUGGAGGUUUAGGGCAGUGUCCUAGUACUUAUUUAACCCAGAUACAGGGAACUUAGUGGAAUUUGUGUUCAGUAUGUUUAGCCAAGUAUUUGUAUUGCUUUUAGUGUCGUAUGCAGAUGGAUAAUCCUUGGAGUCUGUCAUAUAAUUGUGGUAACUGUAGCAUCAGCAUAUUGUGAGAGUGAUUAUAAAUCUAGUCGUUGUUUAAACACAUUCAUGCGCUAACCUAAAUCAAUUUAAAAUAGUCAAUAACCUAAAGUAAAUUAUAUGAAUAAAGAGCAACAAAAUAAA